AUGGAGGUUUCACGUAUAAAAUAUGAGCAGAAGAAUGCUAGAACAGUAGAUGAAGAUAGAAUAAGCAAGCUGUCAGAUGAUCUGAUUCAUCAGAUACUGUCUUAUUUGGAUGCUCGGUUAGCAGUUCAAACCAGCGUUCUCUCGAAACGAUGGAAGCUUAUCUGGACUACUCUCCCUUUUCUCAAUUUUUGUGAGUAUGACUUCAUAUAUUGCAAGUUCAUGAACCACGUCUUCGCAAGGCGGGACCAUCUAUCUGGGAUACUCAAACUCCACUUGUUUCGUACUAAUGUCUGGUUGUUUCAAAAGUAUAUUAAUUACGCAGUUUCACAUGAUGUCCAACACCUUACUGUUGAAUCAGACCAUCAUUGUUCAUUAUCUUCCUUCAACUCUAAGACCUUAAAAGAGCUUAAACUUACAAUGCCGUUUGAAUCUGAGGAUGUUACGAAAAGAGAUUGUUGGAAUUUACCCAACUUAACAACCCUCCAUUUGAAGAGAAGUGCAUAUCGUUUUAAUUACAAACUUAAGGUUCACGAAUCAUGUUUGAACCUGCCUGCCUUGACAACUCUAGAUCUUACAUACUGUGAGUUGCCUGAAUUGUUCAGUCUGCCAAUGUUAACUACGCUAUGUCUGGAACGGUGCACUUUGCCCCAAAAGGUUUAA